GUCGCUCCGUCAGUCGGGUCAGGCUGGAGCCCCCUCUGCCCACCCUCCCCACGACGAGCCCCAGUGCUGGUGAGCACGAGUAACCCACACAGGUCUCACUACCCAGUCUGACCCUCUCGCUUCUCACCUUUCUGACUUCCUACCCUGAGGAGAGAGGCACAAAUUAAGGCCCCCACGCCCCCCCGCGAGGGUCCUUCAGGACAGGGGCAGCCAUGUCACAGUUCUCUACCAUGACGACCAGGGAGAGGAAAAUGCAGGCAGCAGCAAUCUGCAGGGAGGUUCAAGCCCAGGAAGAGAUGGAUCUUGGGAAGAAAAUGAACGUGCCUAAGGACAUCAUGCUUGAGGAGCUGUCUCUCACCUCAAACCGCGGCUCCCGUCUCUUCAAAAUGCGCCAGAGACGCUCAGAAAAAUACACUUUUGAGAGCAUCCAGAAUGAAAACAACAAGCAGCUCAAUAACACAGCAGUCUCUCAAACGGAGAAUGGGAAUGCCACGGACAGCCACAGCAACCAGAACGAUGUGGGUGCCGACCAGCCACCCAAAGUGCCGUCCGACACACACACAGAUAUAACAAUGGUGCCAAAUCCAGACAGUAUCGCCCCGGGGUACGGAGGUCCUUUGAAAGACAUCCCUCCAGAGAAGUUCAACUGUACAGCUGUGCCAAAGUCCUACCACUCACCCUGGGAGCAGGCCAUCAUCAGUGACCCGGCCUUAGCUGACACUCUCAUCACCCGCAUGCCUGAGCCAGAGCGCCAACCAGACUUACCAGGGUACAAAAGUUUCAACAGGGUGGCAACCCCGUUUGGUGGUUUCAGCAAGGCACCCAGACCUGCUCCCAUCAAGCCACUCCAGGUGGAACCCCUCCCCGAUUUCCCUGAGCUCCAGGGGAACACAACAGUAAAUCGACCCUCCUUCAACAGAUCUGCUCUGGGGUGGCAGUCAGCGGGCGGUCCAGUCCCCCUCCCUACCAUUUCCCUUGAGCCUGUGCUCAUCCCUGAGUCAGAAGACCUUUGAACCCAUAAUGAAGUCACACAGAGAUGCUGUCUGCUUAGUUGUUGCACCCGAGGUUAUGGUGGGCGGGGAAAUGUUUCGGUCAGAACAGAGUCAGGGUGAGAGAAAGCAUCCUCUUGGGCAUUGCUGGUUGAAGUUACCAUGUGUGCAACAUGCCUUGCUUUUCCAGGGAUGUUAGUUAUUGCACUGCACUCAAAAAUUAAAUCAUGUAUAGUAGGCCAAGACACUGCUCGAAUACAUGGAAUUUGUUGUAUAUUAAUGUGCAUAAGAGUAUUUUAUCUUGCAGACACAGGUUUUGCUCAAUAAAAUGGUGUGGAGUGCAACAAG